AUGGCGCAAACCAAAAAGUCUGCCGGAAAUGCAAAACCUUCACAGAUUAAACCUCGUCAACCGAAAGGAUUAGACUUUAGUGGUAAUCAUCACGUUAUGAAAAUCAGACGUCUAAGAUCGGUUCAGGUUCCAAGAAAGCAGAAAAAAGUAUGUAAUAAAUGUUUGCGCACGGAAAAAAAAAUUGAAGUUAUAGACAACAAAUUGAAAAGUAUCGACAAGUUAAUUAACACGGAAACCGUCCAACAGAAAGAAGCAAAUAACAAGUUUUCUGAUUGGUCAACUGAUAAGCUGGUCGACUUUUCGGGUCAUGUGGCUGCACUAUGCGCGAGAAGCUCUGAAUCAUAG